GGCCAGAAGCCAGCACCGGCGGCGUCGGCUGAGCGGAUCCACAGCCAUGGGUCGUAUCAGCUGGCUGACGCUGCUGACGCUGAUGAUCAGCUUGAGCUUCACCUCAUCUGGGCCCGUCGCUGGCGUCGCUCGGUCCCGCUCGCGACCGCCGCCAACCUGUGACGACUACUGUCCACGUCAGCGGUGCACGGUCGGGACGAACGACCGAAUCCUCUGCCUCGGCGUCCCUCCCCGCCUCGACGACGACGAUCGUAGGCCAUGCCGCUGCCGUACCAAAAGUGGUAAGCGCUGCAAGCGCUCCAAGUCCAAGCGCAAGUCGAAGUCCAAGUCGAAGUGCCGCUGCACAGGAGACUGCGGCUUCCGCGGCUCUGGAAAGAAACACUACCGCUGCAAGUACAAGGGCAGGUGCUGA